AUGCUGGGCCUGGACGCGUGCGAGCUGGGGGCGCAGCUGCUGGAGCUGCUGCGGCUGGCGCUGUGCGCCCGAGUCCUCCUGGCUGACAAGGAGGGUGGGCAGCUGGUCGCGGCGUCCGAGGAAGAGGAGGAGGUGCUGGACGAGGCGGUGCCGGGGUACCGGGCCCCGAGCCAGAAGAGCUUGAUGGAGAUCCUGCAGCUGGACCCCGGGGACGCCAGCCUGGCCACGUACAAGCGGGUGCUGCUGGAGCCCCUGCCGCCUGUUGCGGACCCCAGCCUGCCCCAAGUGCAGGUGAUGCGGCUGACGCUGCUGUCGGAGCAGGCCCCGGGGCCCGUCACCAUGGACCUCACAGGAAACCUGGCUGAGCUGAAGGACCAGGUGUUUGUGCUGAAAGAGGGUGUCAACUACAGGGUGAAGAUCACCUUCAAGGUCAACAGGGAGAUUGUCAGCGGGCUCAAGUGUGUCCAUCACACCUACCGGCAUGGCCUGCGCGUGGACAAGGCCGUGUGCAUGGUGGGCAGUUACGGCCCCCGAGCAGAGGAGUACGAGUUUGUGACAGCUGAGGAGGAGGUGCCGCGGGGCCUGCUGGCGCGGGGCCCCUACAUCGUGUGCUCGCUGGUCACCGACGACGACAGGACCAGACACCUGUGCUGGCAGUGGGGCCUCCUCAUCGGCCGGGCCUGGGAGGACUGAGUCCCCAGGCCGCCCCUGCUUGCGGUCCUGUCUCCCCACCUCUUCCAGUGGCU